CGGGGCCAAUAAACAAAUCGAACCAAGAUGGAUGACACCGACGUGCCGUUGUUUCCCGAGGCUCCUGCAGUGACGGUAGAGCAGACACUGGCGAUUAUCAAGCCAGACGCCAUCCAUUUUGCGGACGAAAUAGUGGAGGAGAUAAAAUCGCGAGGAUUCACUAUCACACAGAAACGGCGCCUGAGACUAAGUCCUGAGCAGGCGACUGACUUCUACGCUGAGCACUAUGGCAAGAUGUUCUUCCCAAGUCUCAUUGCCUUCAUGCACAGUGAUGACAUUCUGGUGCUAGUGCUGGCCAAACCAGGUGCAGUGCAGGAAUGGAGGGAAAUGAUUGGACCAACCCAUCCUAACAAGGCUCGCCAGUUGUCCCCAGAGUCCCUGAGGGCACGUUAUGGUACUGAUCAGACCCGUAAUGCAGUCCACGGCAGUGACAGCUACUUUGGAGCAGAGCGAGAGAUCAGAUUCAUGUUCCCCGGGACCGUAACAGAGCCGGUGUAUGGAGGUCAAUUAGCCAGGGACUACCUCCAGGCCAAGGUGAACCCAGUCCUGGUCCAGGGCCUCACCCAACUCUGCAAACAGAAGCCAGAGGACCCUGUGACGUGGCUGGCCGAGUGGCUGUUGCAGAACAAUCCCAACAAACCACUGGUGGAGGAACCACUGACAUGACUACGACUGUCACGAGCCCCUGCAAUUAUCACACCAUAAUGACCUCUGUAUAAUUAUACAAGUGACCGAUACUUGACAUGAAAGCCCAUGUAUACACAUCUUUAGCAACAGACACAAACUAUGCGAUUUUGGAUUUUGCAGGAAAGACACACGUACCAUUUACGUGUGUGCGUAAGAAUGAUGGCUCCAAACAGACACAUUGAAUUUUGGAAGAAAAAAACAAUAGAAAUCCGAUGAUACAAGAUAUUAAGAUACGCAAUGCAUAUACACGACAGGACUUGAUUUACUGUACUUUAUGUAUUGUCUAUACCUUUGCAUGGCAAAGUUCACAAAACAUUGCAUUGGCCAGUCACACUGUGCCACGAGGAUAGAUAUGCUCUUGACUUGAACACGUGGUGGUGGUGUGACAGGACCAUGCGGUGUAUUGUACGUAAACCUAGCCUAAGAGUUGAGACAGGGAGAAACAAAGAGAAAGGGAAGAAUAGUUAGUCUUAUUGAUGAAUGCAGAUCAACUUGAGGUAGCUGAGACAAAAGUUGUGAUUAGUUAGUCUUUGGUAGCUGCAGAUCGACGUGAGGUAGCUGAUCUCUGUGAUGACUGUCUCGAGCUACUAGCAGACUUCAACCUCCCACUGCCACUUUUCUCUCUGGAUGGUUUUGCUGCCAAUAGUUUACCAACUUCCACCACAUUGAUACCAGUCAUCUCCACUGCCCCACAUCCACUGCCAGUCAUAAUCUCCUCCUCCCUCUGCUGUGGCUGUUGACUGUGACUGAGAUAGUGAGUCUGGUCCACCUCCAGUCGAUGAGGAGCAAAUACAUUGAACCAGUACUGCCACAGAAAAUGUGUGUGUGUGUGU